UGGCUGAGACUGCGUCGUUUAAAUUUGAACCGUUUCGAACAGCGGAAAGUUGUAGACGCACAGCAUCUCUGUGUGUUUCGCUGUCUUACACUGAGAAGAAAAGGGUUUUGUGUUAAGUUUGAGCAGUUUGAAUAAGGUAGGCUGUAGGAGAGAGAAGCUGUCAGAAGUACCUGUCAUUACAAAGCUGACAAUUUAAUUGUCAGUCCUACAUAGUUGAGCAGAAUCCAGGGAAGGACAGAUGAGGCCAAAAUUGUAUGAGUUCUGAGGCGCUGAAGGAGAACCAGGGAGCUGUACGGAUGAACAGCAGUUCUGAAGCUGCUUGUGACAUUUUCGCAUUGGAGCAGACAACUGGCAGGCCCUCGAUCCUGCGGCAGUCGCAGGCUGAAAACAUCAGCAGGACUGUGCCUAGAGGGGCAAAGGUUUGUUUUCAAACUCCACUGCGAGAUCCAGUCACAAAGAAAAUCAUGUCCCCGAGCCGCACCAGUAGGCCGGCCAUUCAGGAGGACAACACUAAAGCACUGGACACUCACACAGCCUCUUCUGACCAGAGUUCAGUGUUGAAUAACACUUCCACCACACUGAUUGAAAUGCAAAGUAACUGUGUUGCUUACCCUGAUGAUGACAUUCCUGUUCAGAGCAAAGGGGCCUAUACCCUCGAUCUCGACAAUCUAGAUGCCAUUGACCCUUUCCAGGGGUCCAAUAAAAUGGCGAAUUCCCCUCCUAAAUCUUCUGCUUUACCUGAGGCUUGGACAUCAGAGCUUGUAGAGUCAGAUACAACUGCAGCCCCUGUUUCUGCACCUCAGGCUGAGGUUCCAGAGGUGACCAACGCCGCACUUGAUGAGACUCUUCCUUUUACCCCAUCAGCGGAGAAUUCCCUUGCAGAAAGUUCUGUCAACAUAUCUUCAGCAGAGGGUACUGUCAUCAUCAAGACUGAUAAUGUUGAAAACAGCACCACAGACACAGAGGAGACCGAUACGACUGACCCAGCCCCAGCGUCACAGCAGAUUCCUACUAUGGAAGAUCAACUUGAGGCCCAAGAUUUGCCACUACCCCCGGCAGGAUCGUACAACUUGGAUUUUGACAAUCUUGAUUUGCUCAACCCAUUCCAAACUGGUGGCUCAAAGAUCCCAAACUCUCCUGUGAUUGGCAAAGCAUCAGCUGUUUCUGAUCCAUCCCUGCCUAGCCAAGAAGCCAAGCAGGAAUCAGUGCUCUCAAUCCAGACCCCAGAUGUCCCAACAUCCUCAGAUGCCUCAGUGCCACCUCAGGAAAACUCCACCGUCACAGAGAGCUCCUCAGCGCCCCCUAAGAACAACCAGAUGCUACUAGAGUUUAAUUUUGACGACGGAGCUGAAGUCAAGCGCAAACCUCCUCCAAAACGCCUCGGGGUCAAAAGACCUGCAGGUGCAAAACCUGGGACCAAAAAACCAGAUGCACCAGUCACUGAGAAGAAAGAACCAGAACCCAAGAAGUUGUCCCCUAAGAACACAGAGAAGGCAGAUCCUGUGGAUGUUCCUCCUGCUCAAGGUUCCUACACCUUUGAUUUUGACAAGUUUGAUGACCCAAACUUUAACCCCUUUGGUACAAAGGCUAAGAUGGAUAGUUCUCCACCUCGUGGGGUCCAGACCAGCCCGGUUUUGAUGAAAGCACCAUCUCCACUUCAGCAGCCUGAGGCUCCAACACAGGAUGACCAGCCUGAGCAACGAUCUCACCAAGCAGUUUCUGAAAGCAAUGAAAACAUGGCAGAAACUGAUCUUCCUGUCACCAAGCAGCAGGUAGAAGAUGUAGAGUCAUCUGCUGUGUCCCACACUAACAUAUCACAGAAUCCAGCAAUACAGGAGCCAGAGAUCAUAGCAACACCUGAAUCUAUAGUGUGUCUUCAGAACCAGACCUGUGAUCUUGGUGUGGUGGCACCAAGUGAAGAUGAGUUUGUGCCUGGGGCAUUGUUCAUGCCAGGAGGAGAUUUUGAUGGGCAGAUGGAUUAUCUGGAGCAGUUUGGAUCAAGCACUUUUAAGGAGUCGGCUUUGCGGAAACAGUCACUGUAUUUGAAGUUUGACCCGCUGUUGAAGGAGAGUCCAAAGAAAACUGGAGUGGACAGCUGCAACUCUGGAUUCAGCCUGCCACGGCCCUCUCUUGCCAUCAGGAUGAUGGAGGCUGCAAAGUCUGAAGGAAAGCAGAAGUCUCACUGUGACAGUAUGAAACUGCUGGAUCUGCCUGCACCAGCAGUGGAAACUGUGGUACCAGAUCCAACUGUUCUGGACUUGCUAGUUCCCACCUUAAAACAGCCAGUGAAGACUGAGGACUCCAUCAUAGAGGUUCUGAAGUACAGUCAGAGAGACAUGGAUGCUGCAUUACAGAAAGCAGACAGACAGGCGGAAGAACGGCGACAAGAGAUGCAGACUCAGAUUGAGACAUUGCGUCUGGAGAAUCAACACAUGUUGUUUAUAGUGUCAGAAUAUGAGGCCACCAUCACUCAAAUCACAGAUGAGCAUAAACAGAAGGAAGAUUUGGCUAAAAUUGAGUUGGAGCGAGUCCUUCAGGAAAAAGAUCAGCUGUCUAAAGAUUUGAAUGAAUUGGAGCGAUCCUUCUCCUCUGUUGUCAAACGCCUUGACAGAUGCAAGGAAGUUAUUGAGGGAUUCAAAAAGAAUGAGGAGACGCUGAAGCAGUAUGCUCAGAACUGCAUGGACAGACUGCAGAAAGAGGAAAAGCGUUAUCAAGCUCUGAAGGCCCAUGCUGAGGAGAAACUAGAUCAAGCUAAUAAGGCCAUAGCCGAGGUUCGCACUAAACAGGGUGCAGAGGUGGCAACACUGCAGGUGCAGCUCAGGAGAGAACAGCUUAAAGUUCAGUCCCUAGAGAAGGAUCUGGAACAAAAGGCUAAAGAAGUCAAAGAUGUCACAGAGCUGUGUGAUGAGCUGCUGCUUAAAGUGCAAAAGACUGGUUAUUAAUGCACUCUGCCCUUUGUGUUCAUUAUUUGUGUUUGUUCGUUAUUUGUAUUUGUUGUAAGGAAUUUUAAUUAAUAAUAAUUAAAAAAAAAAGAAUGAAAGCACAAA